AUGGGUAAGUUAAAUUAUUUCCUUGGACUUCAAAUCAAGCAACUCACAAAUGAAAUUUUCAUCAAUCAAGCAAAGUACUAUAAGGAACUAUUACAUAGGUUUGAGAUGGAUAGUAGUAAAGAAAGUGCAACUUCUAUGAGUUCUGAAACUUACGUAGACAAAGAUGAAACUGAUCCUAAGGAAUCAGAUCUUCGAGCAGUGAAAUACAUAAUGAAAUAUUUGAAAGGAACAACCAAUAUUGGCUUAUGGUAUCCAAAAGGCAGUAUAUGCAAUCUUGUUGGUUAUGCUAAUUUUGAUUAUGCAGGAUGUAAAACAGAUCAAAAAAUCACAAGCGACACUUGUCAUAUCUUAGGUAAUGCAUUAGUGUCAUGGUUCUGUAAAAAGCAAACAAUUGAUGUGUACAAAUUCUAUGGCUCAAGCAACAGUUAUGUGACUAUGGACUUUAUCUCGGAUGCAUCCCUCUAA